UUUCAAUAACACAGCUUAGCAAAUAAAGUUGGCUGUAAUAUCAAUGUUUUUUUACUUUUUGCAAAUCGCUUAAGUCUUUAUUUGAACAAGUUUAUUCCUCUGGAUUACUCGGCGGCUUACCAGUCGUGCGAUUAAAGACGGAUACAUGAAAUGAUGAGCCGGAAAAACACUUCGAGAUUUGUCCGGACAAUUUUAUCUUUGAACGUACUGAUUACUGGAAUACAGGGAGAAUGGAUUGGAAGAAAAUGUUGUGAAUAUGCUAUAGAAAAUGAAUGCAGAAUGGCGUGCCUGAAGAGCAAAACAAAAGAAAACUUGAAUUUGAACUGCAGACAAGACGUCGAAACUGAGUUGUAUGGAUGCAUAUUUCGCCAUCAAAGAAAGAAAAAAUGUUGUGGAAAAUCUUCCAAUAUGACGACUUCUUGUCAGCAUGUUUGCGUUAUGUCAUUUCGAUCAGAAUUUGGUCCAUCUGCAGAAAAUAUGAGAGAUAUGGAAAAUCAUUGUCCUGCCGAUGUAUUACAAUGCACAAAGAAUUUCUCCAUUGCAAUCAGGAAGUCAACAGCAAGCGGAGUGGUCUGCUGCGAUAAAUCAAAUUCAGAGAAAUGUCGAAGCGAUUGUCGUCGUAUCAUGCGUUCAUACAUGACGGAACAAGAAAAAGUAGAUGAACUCGUAGAAUCAUGUGGCAGUUUAAUACCACGAGAACCUAUGUGGAAAUGCUUUAUAUCUAAUAACGGUGAAACGGCAAGACCAGCACCACCUCGAGUAGGACCGGAUCUACAAUGCUGUUCAAAAGCAAUUUCUUCAAACUGUCGGCAACUCUGUAAAAAGCUCUACAGCAAACCAUGGGAAAGUUCUCACAAUUGGCAAUACUUUCAGAAAUGGUGUGAAUAUAAUUCGGAAGAGUCGGAUCUAAACAGUUGUUUACAAGAAGUUCGUGAACCUUGUAAAAUGGGUUGCAACAAGUUGAAUUUCUGCACAAAUUUUCAACAAUCGACCAACAGAACUUUUCAUUCCUGCAAUGCGAGAGCUGACAAUAUUGCUAAAUCACAGUUCAGUGAAUCGAAGGGAACAAUAAAAUUACCUAUGGCAGACAUUCCAGUGCUUGAUAUUCGAACUUGUGAACCAGAAAAAUGGAAAGCAGUAGCUUGUACACUCGAAGUAAAACCAUGCAGCGCCAAGCUGGGAGACACAACCAUAUGCAAAUUGGUUGAAAUAACACAACCUUGCAACCCGAACCCUUCAGAAAAUGAACUAUGUGUUGUUAAUCGGGAAGACGUGCGAACAGGACGGAUUUGUCCAACUUAUAAGUGCUUAAAAGUUCACAUCGGACAAAGAGUCAAAAUACCUGAUUGGAAAAGAGGAGAAGGUUGCUUUCGUGCUUGUGCAUGUACAAGUGCAGAAAGGUUACAACACUGUACAGAUUUACCUUGUCUAGAUGCAUCAAAAUCUUGUACAGUUGUUGGGCAGAAUAAAAUUCAUGGGAGUCAUUUCAAAAUCGAUUGCAAUUUUUGUAGCUGUUAUAAUGGUAAUGUUACUUGUACUAAGCGACAAUGUGCUUCUAAAGACGAAACAGAUGAUAAUAAUAGAGAAUUCACAGGUUUGCCUUGCAAUUGUGAACGACAUUUUGUACCCGUUUGUGCGUCGAAUGGGAAGACUUAUCCAAGCGCUUGCAUAGCGCGAUGUAUGGGACAUGUGGAUGCAGAUAUCGACUUCGGCCCGUGUCGAGCAAAAGAUCCAUGCAAAGGACAUCCGUGCAGGCGAAAUGAAAAAUGUGUUCGGGCUAGUCGGGUGUGCAUCACUUCUUCAAAAGUAUACGAUUGUCCCCAAUAUGAGUGCGUCGCACCUUACGGUCGCUGUUUGGCCCGGCGUAUGACACGUGACGCCUACGCAAGCGAUGGUCACUAUUACGUCAAUUACAGAAGGAUGAACAGUGCUUCCAGACGUAGCUUGGCCUCACCUAUGUUCUUUGGGUACGACAUAGACUGGAAUGGCAGUGACCCGGUGUGUGACACAGAUGGCGUGGAAUAUGAUAAUAUUUGCCAGUUGCGAAAAAGGAAUCGGAAUACUAGAUUAGCAUAUCGUGGACACUGCAAGAAACACUGCGACGAUAAAGAGACAGUGCCUGUGUGUGGACAAAACAUUGUAACUUAUGAAAAUGAAUGUUCCGCAUUGGCUGAAAGAGUUUUGGUGGAUUAUUAUACACCAUGUCACGCUGUCAAUGUCAAUAGAGACAAAAAGAAAACGGAUGCCUGCGCUGGGGUGAUUUGUAAAGAAUUGGCAGAUUCGAACUGCGAGAGUGUCACUCCACCGGGAGCGUGCUGUCCCAGAUGUGGCGGAAUGAUUCGAAUUGUAUAUAGUCAACUUCACGUCAACGCCAUUUCAAGAACAGCUAUACAAGGUAACGGGUUUAAUGAUGUUUUUAUUUAUAUACUUAUAUUUAUCCAAUACUUGUGGAUAUUGAAAUUCAAUGUAAGGAAAUACUAA